CCUUAAUGGGAAGAAAGUCGUUUUUCAUGGAUUCCAUAACCACAAUUCCGCCAUGGACGCCGUUGCUGCUUUCAUUGGUGGCGGCGAUUCUCAUCUCAUCCGGCGAAGCUCAAGAUUCCACCACUUUAGUUCCGGCCAUCUUUGCUUUCGGUGAUUCCGCCGUCGAUGUGGGUAACAACGAUUACCUUCCCACCAUUUUUAAAGCUAAUUACCCACCGUACGGCCGUGAUUUCGUCAACCACCAGCCCACCGGAAGAUUCUGCAACGGCAAACUUGCCACCGAUAUCACUGCUGAUACACUCGGUUUCACGACGUACCCGCCGGCGUAUCUCAGUCCGGAGGCCACCGGAAAGAAUCUUCUGAUCGGAGCUAAUUUUGCAUCUGCUGGAUCUGGUUAUGAUGAUAAAACCGCCAUUGGAAGCCAUGCUAUUCCAUUAUCGCAACAGCUUCAAUACUACAAAGAGUACCAAACCAAGCUACAGCAGGUCGCCGGAAGUGGCAAAGCAGCCUCCAUAAUUAAGGAUGCUUUAUACUUGAUCAGCGCCGGUAACAGCGAUUUCGUUCAGAACUAUUACGUCAAUCCCUUCGUUAACAAAGUCUACACUCCUGAUCAGUACGGAUCAUAUCUCGUCGGUAUCUUUUCAAGCUUCAUUAAGGAUUUGCACGGAUUAGGAGCAAGGAGAAUCGGGGUGACUUCACUUCCGCCGUUGGGGUGUUUGCCGGCGGUCCGAACGUUGUUCGGAUACCAUGAAAAGGGAUGUGUAGCCAAGAUGAACACAGAUGCUCAAGCUUUCAACAAGAAAGUGAAUGCAGCUGCAACCCAAUUAGGAAAGGAACUCCCCGGUCUCAAGAUCGCUAUUUUCGACAUAUUUCAACCGCUCUACGAUCUCGUAAAAGACCCUUCAUCUCAUGGUUUUGUGGAGGCUACAAGAGGGUGUUGUGGAACAGGAAGGGUAGAAACAACAGUACUGUUAUGCAAUCCGAAAUCGAUAGGGACGUGCAGCAAUGCGACUCAGUUCGUGUUUUGGGACAGUGUUCAUCCGUCUGAAGCUGCUAAUCAAGUUCUUGCAGAUGCCUUAAUCCUUCAGGGAAUUUCCCUUAUUGGUUAAGCCCAUCACCAUCACUCUUGUCUUAACUUUGUAUACUUCAUGUACACAAAUGUUUCUAUAUCCUAAAAAGGGUCACCCAGUUUCCAUCACUACCCACUACUGUUUUUCUGUUUAUGUGAAUUCAGACACAUGUAAAAGACCUUUCCAAGAUUUAUAAGACUGUAUUCAGACAUCCCAGAUUCAAUAUUAAGCACAUUACAGUUC